GUGGUGUAUACGUAUAUUUUACACGAUGUUUUUUGUGGCAGCGAAAACACGUAUCUUGAUUGAUCUCCGCGUUUACUGGGAAUGUGAUGAUAAAUAUUUUCCCCGGAUGUUUACUAACAAUAAACAUCAUUUUAUCACACAAAAAUAAUUAUCACUUCAACGAACCAGGCAAAUAGAAAUCACAUGUACACAUUCAGAGAGUUAUUUACGGAUGUUGCAAUUGUUGGAAACCAAAGUGAACAGUUUAAAUAAAUUUGAGUCUUCAACCUCAUGGAUAAAGUUAACAGUGACACAGGAGUGUUUAUACCCAAUGAACUGUUUUUGUCAUGUUUCGAUUUGCAACGAAAUGUCCGAACUGGACCUAUUCUUACAUUAUUGUGAUUGUAUUAUGGAGUUUGUGUCAGUACGUAGUAUACGGGGCUGGAGACACUUUCAUCUGUAAUGGAGCGCCAUCUACGUUCAACAACGCCGAGUCAGAUGCGCGUCUGGCGGCCAUGGAGGCCCGGAUAGAGCAGCUACAGAAGCUUGUCGACCGGAAGGAGAGCGGCCUUACCACUAUUCAAGGAUUGCCGAGAGACUGCGGCGAGAUCUACGCGAACGGAAGCCGAAAGGACGGCCUGUAUCACAUCUCUCCAGACGGCAGGUGCCCGUUCCUCGUCUACUGUGAUAUGGAUCACAGCGGAUGGACAUUCAUACAGAAACGAUUGGACGGCUCCGUUAAUUUCUACCAGCCGUGGACAGAGUACGUUCGAGGCUUCGGUGACGUCAACAGUGAACACUGGUUGGGCUUGGAGAAGAUCCACCGCCUGACGCAAGGUGGCGUGGAGAUAUUUUUCAACAUGAGCACGUGGGAGGGCGGAUAUGAGUUCGCGCAUUACAAGGUUUUCACCGUCCACGAGGCUGCCACCGCCUACCGGAUGAACGUGGACGCGUUCGGAUACGAGGGCAGCAUCAAGGAGCUUCUCAGUUACCAUGACAACAUGAAAUUUUCAACGUUCGACCGUGACAAUGACCUUAGCGUCAACAACUGUUGUCAGAAGUAUAUAGACGGUGGUGGGUGGUGGUACAAAGAUUGUUACCGACUCGGAGGUGUUAACGGCGUGUACGGAAAGAGGGAGCAAGGCGGAAUCGGCUACUGGGAUGCAAAACAUGUUCCUAUAAAAUCCGUCAACAUUAAAGUCAGACAGAUGGAGGGAACAUGCUAAACAAUACACUGUACAAUCACUACAGGGAUUGCGACAGACGGUCAAUAUGGAAUUUUACUAUUUAAUGUAAAGUUUCAGUAAUACAUUUAUUAUAUAUAUUCAAUGAAAACAAAACAUUUCUGAUGCACGGAAUAUUCUAAAUUAAAACACCAUGUUUUAUUGACCCGACCUUUAAACUUAAGAUUUAACCUUUGGGAGCCUGGAAUUUAAUCAUUUGAAUUAAACACAUAAUGGCUCUUUUAUUGAUUAAAGACUUCAGUCGUUAGGCGAUUAUUAGUUUAUUACACAUGCACAUGUACGAUGCAGAGCCCAACAGUUGUUCAUGGGUUUAUUUAAAAGUCGAAUGUUGCCUCUGAUAUCGUGGACGACUCAUGGGAAUCAGUGAGACUAGGGCUUGCUUAAUCCUAGUUAUUGAAUGUGCAUGAUUAUUAUCAAUAGUUGUUACAAAACGAAAGAAAUUAAUAAAAAGCUUCAAGAACUAAAAGAAGAA